CUUAUUACUUAUUAGUCGUCACGAAAUAGUCGGAACCGUUAGAACUAAAAAUUAAUGAACUUGAAAAUCUAAAUCUUUUAAAAUUACUCAAUUAAGUAAAGUGAAAAUUAUUUCUUCUCAGUAUUACAUUUGUAAUAAGCGCUGAAUCAAGUGACCACUCUUAUAAGAUUUAACAGUACAAGACAAGUACAGCAGUAUUUAGUUUGGUUAAAGUAUUUCAGAUUAUACUUUGGCGAUUAGAAAAAUAAGAAAUCAGUUUAUCAAAAUGACGUCGACAGAACAAGUCUACCCAAGUUCUAACAGUAAUCGUUCUUUGAAUCAACUUCACGAUGCAAUACGUUUGGGAAAGUACGACAUUGUCGAAAAACUUGUCCUCGACGGAGUCGACAUCAAUAGUCACGGAAGAUGUGGUUCAACUCCACUCCACUUAGCUGUUAAGUAUGAACAUCUGAAUAUAAUGAAGUAUCUUUUAAAAAAUGGCGCCUCGCCUGAAUCUCAAUAUUUAUCUCCACGUUACGCUGAGUGGACUCCGCUUCAUUUCGCCUGUGAAUUAGGAAGGUUAAAAUGUGCAAAGUUACUUUUAAUACAUGGAGCGAAUAUUAAUCCAAAUAACGGGGAUGAUAUUCACCCAAUACAUGUCGCAGUAACAAAACUCGACCAUCGAAUGAUAACUUUACUUCUAGAAAAUGGUGCAAAUCCCAACGCUCGAUUUCGUGACAAUUUUUUUAUCCGCAACGGUGGAGUUGUUCCUUCGGCUUUCAAACAUCUUAAUUAUACAUUAUUAUUUUAUGCAGUAAGUAUGGAUUCUGUUGAUGUGGCAAAGCUGUUAUUAAAGUAUGGUGCUAACGUCAAUGAUAAAUCUACAGAAUCGGAUCGAACUCUAUUGAUGGAAGCUGGACAUAGAAAUAAUCUUGAAAUGGUCCAAUUAUUGUUAGAAAAUGGUGCAUCUGUUAACGAUUAUGAUGUACUUGGAGGAACAGCAUUAUUUUAUACUCUUCUUGAUCGUUGUGUUGUACAUUAUCAAUUUGUUAAAUCAUAUGAUCAAAUCAAAAAAUUAAAAUUAAUUAAACUUCUUUUACGUUCCGGUGCCAAUGUUAAUAUUAGUGUGAAAACCCGGACGAUUUUGGAAAUUGCUGUAAUUUCAGGAUUAAGGGAUAUAGUUAGAUAUCUUUUAUAUUUUACAAAUAUUAAUUUAAAUAUGAAUGAUAUUAAAAUUUUAAAGCUUACAUAUUUGGCGGAUAAUCGAAUAAUACCAGAUAUUCGAGAUGAUAUUGAGUAUUUAAACAAGUAUAGAAGAAAUUUGAUUGAAAUCAGAUAUGAUCUGAUAUCAGAGUGGUAUAGAAGACAUAUGAUCGGUAUGUCGGUGAAAGAUAUUUCUUCAGAAAUAAAUAAUCCUGAAUGGUUCAAUUAUGAUGUCAGCAAUCAGGAACAUGAGCGGAGAAUAAAAUUGAUAAAAGAACAAAUUAAUAAAAUUUUAAACAGUUUAAAAUGCGAAAUAAUAGACGGCACGAAUAUUUCAUUAUUCAAUAUACUCACUAUCAAUAAAAGAGGCUUAGUAAAACUCACAUUCAAUGAAAAAUUAAGAAGGUUUUGUUUAAGGGAUUAUAAAAAUAAAUAUUUCAUGUACUACUCUAUGCUGAAAACUCGUUUGAAUUAUGCAAUUCAAAAAAGCUUAUUGAUUGAAAAGGCUAUUAAAUUAAUUCAUGAUGUUUUAUGUUCUCAAAUACCACAAGACUGCUGCGAAGAAAUCGUAUCUUAUUUAAAUGACGACGACUUAAAUGUAUUUGUUGAUUAAUUUUUAUAUGUGGUUUUGUACUAUAAUUAUGUGUUUGUAGAAUACAGAUGAUUGUUAAUAAAUAAAUAAAGUGUUUGUCAAUUAUUA